AUGCUGCGACGGCCUCCAGGCGAAGGGAGGCACGUCGCUCGUCAGCGGACCUACCUCCUCGCCCUCGCCGUCCUCGUCAUCUCAUGCCUCCCCCUGGCCGACGCCCAACAACAACGAAAACCCUUCGAGCCCAUCGCUCAAAUCCCCAGAGUCCACCAGCAGCAACCCGCCGCCGGCAGCAGCCAUCACGAAGCUAUCCGUGAUGUCCACCCGGACGCUGCCGCCCGCAACUGGGCUGCUACCAACAUCAAGGCCGACAAUGCUGUCGAGUCUCCGAGGCGCCGAAGCUCCGUAACCUCGAAGCAACCCCAACCCAACAAACAACAAAAACAACAACAACACGAUCGUCGGUCUAACCCCGACAAUAUCAUUAUUCCUAACGAUGCGAGCGCCGUCGCAACUUUGGCUCCGGCUCAGUCCGUGCGAGCACCUCCUUCUGGACAUCGACCCAUCGCCUCCCGCGUCGGAGGCGAUGGGAUCUCUACGCAGCACCAUGCGCGGAGUCUGAAGGACUGGGAAGUAGAAGACUUCGUUCUUAUGGCGACCGUCGAUGGGCACCUCUACGCCAGCGACCGCGGCACCGCCACAGAACGCUGGCAUCUCGAGGUUGACCAGUCAAUGGUGGAGACGAAACACUACCGUCUCAACGCUUCCGACCUCGACGACGACUACAAUUUCAUCGACCACUACGUCUGGGCCAUCGAGCCCAACCGCGACGGAGAUAUCUACUACUGGGUCCCUGGCUCUAGCGAGCCCAGGCUCCUGUCCACCGGCCUGACCAUGAAACAGAUGGUUGACGAGGGCGCCUCGGCGCUCGAAAACCCUCCCAUUGUGUACACCGGCACCAAGAAGACAACCAUGAUCACGCUCGAUGCUGCCACUGGCCGUGUGCUCAAGUGGUUCGGAUCGGGUGGCUCCCACGUCAACGAAGCCGAGAGCUGUUUGCGCCCCAACGCAUUGUACGACCAGAACAAUGAAGAGUGCAGCUCCAUUGGCACAAUCACGCUGGGUCGCACCGAGUACGAGGUCGGCAUCGCUCGCAGAGAUGGCCGUCCCAUAGCUACGCUCAAGUUUUUCGAUUGGACUCCCAACACCAACGACUACGACCUUCUCAACCAACAUCAUCAGUCCAUCGACGCCCGCUACCAUACCUCUACCCACGAUGGCAGGAUAUACGGCUUUGAUUACGGCAAGACCAAGAAGGGGGACCUCCCAGUCUUCUGCAAGGCACAAUUUGCGUCUCCUGUGGUCAAGGUCUUCGACGUUUGCAGGCCCAUUGGACUGGAGCCCGUGGUCAACCCGGACCUGAUUGUACUGCCACAGCCCGUUCCGCCUGCCAGAGACGAUGGCACAGCUCGCAUCAGAAGCCAACGCAUUUUUGUCAACCAGACUGAGACGGGCAAUUGGUACGCCUUGUCGGGGCGUUCUUACCCCCUCAUUCUCGAUGCGCCUAUAGCCAAGACUUCCUCACCAGACUGGCUUCAGCUGGCUCCCCCAUGGGAGAAGAUGAACGAGACGCAAAGAAUCAGGGCCAUGAUCGGCACCCACUACAUGGACGGCGUCACCAGGGAAAAGAUCUACCAGCCUCCCAGUCUUCCUGGGCGGGCCGAGACGUCUGAUGCUAUCCUGGACCCUGAGAACGACUCGGUGCUGCCAACUCCGGUCCCGGAGGAUGCUGUCGAGACGCCGACGAUCGUGAAGAAAGUCAAGUCGAUUCCACACCAUGUUUCCAACAGUGUCAUUGACUUCUUCUCCAACCCUGUCCUGAUUGUUCUCAUUGUCUCUGUUCUGUUCUUCUAUCAGAAGGACCUGCGCCGAUGGUACAAGGCGAAGACAACAAAGUGGAACAUGCGCUACGAAGCUGUCUCGGACACGGAGGACAUGGCGGCUGAUGCCACUCCUGAGCCUACAGUCCAUGAUCAUCAUGUUCCUUCUUCCGCACCCGCUCAACCUGAUGCCUUGCCCAACCCUGAGGUGACUGCGACCGACAGCAAGCCAGUACCCGAUGCUACUGCAGAGGCGCUAGCGAGCUCUUCGGAAAAGGAUGGCGAUAAGGCACCCACCCCUGGGACACCCGAGGUCAAGAAGAAGAAGCCUGCGCACCGUGGUCGUCGCGGAGGCACGAAGCAUCGCAAGGGCAAGAAGAGGGAAGAAAUGUCUCAGUCUCGAGACGAUGAGCCGCCCGCAUCUGUCGAAGAUGCCGUCAACAAAGCCAAGAAGCUCGGUGGCCAGGCGACUCGUCUGGAGCCUGAUGUUAUGACCGUCGCGAACGACAUGCAAGCUGUGACGGGACCCAUUAUCAGAAUGGGCAACAUUGAGGUAGACACGGAACACCAACUUGGCACUGGCAGCAACGGCACUCUGGUCUUCGCUGGCAAGUUUGAUGGGCGCGAGGUCGCUGUGAAGCGCAUGCUUAUUCAGUUCUAUGAUAUUGCGUCUCAGGAGACAAAGUUGCUUCGGGAGAGCGACGACCAUCCCAAUGUCAUCCGUUACUACGCUCAGCAAGUCCGAGAUGGCUUCUUGUACAUUGCCCUUGAGCGGUGUGCAGCCUCUCUGGCCGAUGUUGUCGAGAAGCCUCACCACUUCUCCAAACUGGCCCAAGCAGGCAAGAUGGAUCUACCUGGUGUCCUGUACCAGAUCACCAACGGUAUCCACCAUUUGCACAACCUUCGUAUUGUUCACCGCGACUUGAAGCCCCAGAACAUCUUGAUCAAUAUGGGCAAAGAUGGUCGGCCACGCCUUCUCGUUUCCGAUUUUGGCCUUUGCAAGAAGCUGGAGGGUGGCCAGUCGUCCUUCGGCGCGACCACUGGGCGUGCCGCCGGAACGUCUGGCUGGCGAGCCCCUGAGCUGCUGCUUGACGAUGACGCCAGAGAUUCCGCCAUGGAUGUCAGCAUCAACAGCGGCUCUGGCUCCAUUCUCGUCGGUUCUGACAUGAUGUCGAACCGUCGUGCAACUCGCUCCAUCGACAUCUUCAGUUUGGGAUUGGUCUUCUUCUAUGUUCUGACCAAUGGCUUGCACCCCUUCGACUGUGGCGAUCGCUACAUGAGAGAGGUGAACAUCCGCAAGGGCAACUAUAACUUGACACCGUUGGACGCGCUCGGCGACUUCGCCUACGAGGCCAAGCAUCUCAUCGGCCUCAUGUUGAACGCGAACCCCAAGGAGCGUCCCUCGGCCCGCGAUGUCAUGGCCCAUCCCUUCUUCUGGCCUGCCAAGAAGCGCCUUGCCUUCCUGUGUGACGUCUCGGACCACUUCGAGAAGGAGCCGAGAGACCCCCCUAGCGACCAUCUUCAGUACCUGGAGAAGCACGCGCCGGCCAUCACCAAGGGUGACUUCCUUCGCCUGCUGCCCCGCGAGUUUGUGGACUCUCUGGGCAAGCAGCGUAAGUACACGGGCUCGAAGCUUCUCGAUUUAUUGAGAGCGCUACGGAACAAGAAGAACCAUUACGAGGACAUGCCCGACACGCUGAAGCGGACAGUAGGCCCCUUACCCGACGGUUACCUCGCGUUCUGGACAGUGAGGUUUCCUCGGCUGUUGCUGGAUUGUUGGAACGUGGUUUGGACAGUGGAAUGGGACAGCACUGAUCGUUUCCGGGAGUACUAUGAGCCGGCAGGUCUGUAG